UUUAUGAAGAAAAUACAAAAAUAUUGUGUUUUUUACGCUUUCCAGCUUACAUAAAUAAGCUACAAUUUUAUUUUUAUAUAGUGUAAAGUCUACAAUGACCAAUCAUUUCCUGCUUUCAGUUUACUUUCACUUAUAAGCUCACGGUUCUUUAUUGACACAAGUAGCUUUUGAUAUUAACGACAUGGCAGAGGCUAUACUCGGAGAUCACGACCAGUACAGCUGCUCGAUUUGUUUGGACUUGCUGAACGAUCCAGUGACAAUUCCUUGUGGACACAGUUACUGUACGAGCUGUAUUAAUGAAUGCUGGAAUACAACGGAUAAUAAAGGGACCUACAAAUGUCCACAGUGCAGACAUGCCUUCAAUUCAAAGCCUCCACUCAACAGAAAUACAAUACUUGCUGAAAUAAUGGAGCAACUGAGGCUACGAACAAAGCUACAUGAGUCAGAGGCUGCUCAAAGUCUUGCUGGACCUGGAGAGAUUGCAUGUGAUUUCUGCGCUGGAGAAGUGUUCAAAGCUGUCAAGUCUUGUCUGGAGUGUCGAGCCUCUUACUGUGAGACACACGUACAUCCACACUAUAAUGUUCCAGCCCUGAAGAAACACAAGCUGGUGAAAGCUACCGUCAUGCCAAUAUGCUCCAAACAUGACAAGCUCCUUGAGGUUUACUGUAGAACAGACGAGGUUUGUGUCUGCAUGCACUGCUUAAUGGAUGACCAUAAAGGCCAUGACACAGUGCCAUCUACAAUAGAGCGUGGUGAGAAACAGACGAAACUCACAGACACUCAGACAAAAGUCAAGCAGACAAUCCAUGCAAAAGAAAAAGAGCUGCAGAAGAUGAAAAUGGACAUCACAUCCCAUUCAGAUUCUGCAAAGGAGGCUGUGAAAAACAGUACGAGAGUCUUUACUGAAUUGGCCAAAUUUAUUGAGAAAAGAAGUAAUGACGUGAUUGAAAAGAUAAAAGCUCAAGAAAAGGCUGAUCUGGACCAAGGUGCAAAACUACAAGAGAAACUUGAGGGGGAAAUUACUGAGCUGAAGAAGAGGGAAGGAGUCCUAGAGACUCUUCUACAGACAGAUGACAACAUCCACUUUCUUCAGAAUUAUGAGUCUGUGUCCUCUUCUUCUGGGUCUAAUGGCUUCCCGAGUUGCUCUUUUAAGCCUUGCUGCUCUUAUACGGAUGUAAGCAAACUUGCCUGUGAACUUAAAGAGCGACUGGUGACUGUUUUCAAGCAGGAAAUAAAUGAAACAUUUAAAAAAGAUAUUUACAGUGAUGAGAGUUUGGUUGUCGACUUUCCUGGAUCCUGGAAAGGGAUUCUCUCUGAAAUGGAGCCAGUAACUGAUGAUGAUGAAUGUGGGUCCCCCGCUCAUAACUGCUUCAAGGUAGGAAACAGAGUCAGCAUAAGACCUUCAGUGAAAGAACCAAAACAUGGAUGGGGAUCAAUCACUCACAACAGCAUCGGUGUCAUUAAAAAAAUCCAGGGAGAGUCUUUGAUUGUGGAUUUCCCUGAGCAGAUAGAAUGGACUGGUGUACUUUCAGAAAUGGAGCUCGUGAGCAGUGAUGUUUCAGAACCCCUCAGUUUAAGCCCUGGAUCGAGGGUCCGUGUUAAACCCACCAUCAGCACUCCAGCACAAGGCUGGGGAAGUGUCACCAAGCACAGCAUUGGAGUGGUUGUAGGCAAGUGUUAUUGGCCAGUUAGAUUGUGCUGAAGAACUACAGUAUUUAAAUGGGACCUAUUAUGCCCCUUUUUAAGAGAUGUAUAAUAAGUGUCUGAUGUCCCCAGAGUGUUUGUGAAGUUUUAGCUCAAAAUACCUCACAGAAAUUUUCAGACAUUGCCACUUUUUGGGGGUGAGCAAAAACACGCUGUAUUUGUGUGUGUCUGUUUACAUGCAAAUGAGCUGCUGCUCCCGGCCCCCUUUCAAUAAGA